CACGUGACAGUUUUGUUUUUGAACGGCACGGAAUGACAGCUGACGUGCUGUUUAUUUCGUACCGUGGCAUCAUGUAAUCAUCCUCCGGGCUGCAGCACUCGGCUGUAGAACAAGUCGAAUGUUAACAUCCAAGGAUUCAAUUUUGUUUCUUCGACAAAUUGGCCCCGAUAAGCCAUGAAGUCACUCUUCCGACCGGCCAGAACAGUUCCUUGGUGCGGUUUUCAUUCAUGUGCCAGCUGGAGGACCAGCAAGAACAUAUUGUCUUAUCAGCGAGCAACUCAUGGGCCCAACAGUAGGGUGAAGGCAACAGAUGUCAACUAUGUGGAGAGGACCAUAACUGUAAACACGUGCAAGUACUUGUAUCAAGCAUGGCACAACAGGCAUGGCUACCAGAACGCUCCGAUGGAAGGCUUGGAUGUGCCUGUGAAAUAUGUGUGCACAGCGUUAGACCGUACCGAAAACAAUGAUAUGUCCAAGCGGCCCUUGGUCCUCUUCUUGUCCGGAGCUCCAGGAUCCUACAAGGACUUUUCCAUUGCUAUCUCUUUCUUUCUUAAAAACGGCAUUGACGUUGCUGCUCUGACGUGGCCCGAUACGGCAUUCAGCCGCCAAACAAACUGCUGGUGGCAUUCCAGCCAAGAGAAAACUCAACUAGCCCUGGACUUCUUAAGAGCUAUAAAUAUCAAGAAGUACCUCCAGGUUUACACCACUCAACGAGACUUUGUGCCGAGCAUGACUGUUGAAGGACUGGACAUGAUUGCAUGUCACAGCAGCAGCUCGUACGUCGGCCUACGACUGGCGACAUCGCCUGAGCUGGUUGGAGUGAAAUCCAUAGCCCUCUUCAACCCGGCCACACACUUGAGGCCCAGAUGCGUGAAGCCUACGUGGGCCAUCUUUGGAUGUGGACGCCUAUUUCAGGAUCCGCUAACACGGGACCUAUCUGUCUUCUUAAUGAAGUCUUUCACCAUGUUGCGGCGUGUGAAAAGCAACACUGACGACAUGGUUCAGAGCAUACAGAGUAUGAUGUUGGCUGAUGUUAAUCAGUAUUACAGAGACCUGGAGGUCCUCUCACAGAUGUCCACUCCAACUCUGGUCACGAUCAGCGAUAAUGAUAAGCUCAUGGACUUCACUCAAUCUGUAGAAAUGCUCAGAAUACUAGGCAAGACACCAGACACCUUUUGGUGCUACGGUGCAGAGGAACAACUAUUGCAGAAUGGUAUUGACAGCAGUGUGAAAGUGAUUCGUUUCACAAAUGGUUCCCACUACUCGUUCGUUCGUCACCAUAAUAUCACAAACAAGGCCAUGCUCGAGGUCCUCGGGCGAACUAUGUGCUGAUAUUAGAAAAGUAGUAGUCCGUGACAAUCGUCUAUUUCGGAAUCUCCAUAGUUUCCAUACCCAGUCUUGACACGGGAUUUUAAUAAGAAAGCCGCAGUCGUCUCAAAAAUCUGAUGUUGAAUAGUUAUAGGUGAUUGUUCCGAAAGUAAUAUAAUUAAUAAAAUUUGGUUGUCAAGA